GAGGCCAGUUGACUUGAGAACGUCAAAGAAAUUUCAUCUUUUGACAGUCCAAUUAAAAUUUACUAGCAAAAAAAAAAAAAUAAUAAAUAAAUAAACAAGAAAUAAUAAUUUCUUGAAAUUCAAUUAUAUAUUCAUUAAUGUGUUUAUUAUAUUUAUAUUAAUAUAAAUUGCUAUUAUUAAAAUAAAUAAUAAUAAAAAUUUUGUGUUAUAAUAUCUGUGACAAUAUUGACAGAUGUUGAAAAAAAAAGUGAUGGAAUAAUUUUUGAUCAAUUGGAUAACAACAGUGACGUAAAAAAAAAAAAAUUAUCAUUUUUUACUGUUAAAUAAAAUAAUAAUAAUUAAUUAUUAUUUAUUAUUUUUUUUCUUAUAAUUUAUGAGAUACUUUGAGUAAUAAAUUCAUCAAAAAAUAAAAAAUUAACAAAAAUUUUGUUAUUCAAGACGAUCGAUAGUCUUUCACAAAAGUGUUAACGUGUGCGCACUUUGAAUCGCGCAAACGCAGUCGCAUUUUCGACAUUUAAAAAAUAAAAGAAAAAAAAAAAACUUGUUAUUUCGAAAUAAUCACAAAUAUUUCGAGAUACAUAACGGUUUAAAUAUAUAUUUAAAGUAUAAAAAAAAGAGAAAGAUUUAAUUCAUAAUGAAGGCCAUGGUAGUGGGUCCAUCUGGGGGAAGAACAACCCCCACUCGAGGUGUUAUGCACAAUAAUUUGGCAAUAAAUGGUACAAGACGUGAUUUAGAAGCCGAAGAAAUAGCAGCAUAUUUAUCAAAAUUACGUUCAUUAGUACCAGAUAUGCCAAGAAAACGUAAAUUAUCAAAACUUGAAGUUAUACAAAGGGUUAUUGAAUAUAUAUGUGAUUUACAAACAACAUUGGAAGAAACAAAUAAACAUCCAGAUAAUGCAACAACAAUAACAACAAAUUCAACACCAACAACAAUAAAAACAACAAAUCGUCAACCACUUCAACCACUAUUAAAUACAGCUACAAGCACGACAAUCCCCACUUCUACCACAACGACAACCCUUGCUGAACGGUGACCAGUAAAAUACGAUCAAUGAGUACUUUAAAAAUUUUACUAAAAGAAAGAGAAAAAAUUAUCCAAUAUGAAAAAAAAAAAAAAGAGAUUACAAUUUUAAAAUAUAAACAUAAUUACAUAAAAAAAAAAUCAACAAAUUACAAAAUUAAAAUAUUAAUCAAUGAAUAAGAAGAUAUUUUUUAUUUUAAUAAAAAAUAAUAAACGCCGUCUAAUAUCAAAACAUCGGCGAAUUUGUCUUCCCUGCAGUGUCAACAAUCAGAUUAUUAAUUGAUGAUUUGAGAAAAAAAAAAAAGAUAAUUAACAACAUCUCGUGAGGAAGGUGAAAAGGACGUUAACAACAAACUUCAAAUUUCAUAUACAUUCAUCUAUAAAAGUACAUUGAAAAUUUUAUUAAUAUUGUUUUUUUUUUUUUUUAUUUUUAAAUUGAAGAAGAAGAAGAAGAAGAAAGACAUAAUGUAAAUAAUGUAUAUAGUCAAAAACUUAUUGCAUUCCUUACACAACCUCGUUGCAAUCGAUACACUGUCACACCCAUCGUCCCUCUCCUCUCCUCCCUUAUCGCUUACCCAAAAUCUCGUAAUCCUCAAUCACCAUUUUUAUCCCAUAA